AGGCUCCCACCAUUCACCGCCUUCUUCUGCAAGCUGUGGCAGCUUCUGCUAGAAACUCAGCUGAAAACCUGAAAACAGAAAGAAACCAGGACAGAAACACAAGUUUUGCCUUUCGAAAUCUCUCCAGGAUUCCUUCAUAAUUUGGUGUCGUUUUUCCUAAGUCCUCUAACAAUGAAGGAAAAGAACGAGGGAUCAGCUUCGUCACCUGAUGCAGAAACGCUUGCUCAGACAUGCCAGUAUCUAGAAGCAAUGACACUUCAGGCUCAAACAGAUGUUAGAUCAAUGUUUGCCAAGAUUGUGGAAGCAGUACAUUCUCGAGAAAAGCAGUUGCUUCGACAGAUAGAUGUGGCUCAUAGCCAGCAAUUGGGUCUAGUUCAGUCCAAGCCAGAAAGUGCUGUGUCCGAAAGGGUCCCUCAUGUAUCUGUUCAACUAGACCAGGAAAAGACGAUUUUGGAAUUAAUCUCCAAUGUUGGAACAGUUGGACUUACUGGAGGUAGUCUUGUUGUUCUGGAUGGAGACGGUUCUUUUCUUCAAAGAGUGGAAGAUUACCAAGACGCCAAUCAGGAUCACAUGUCUAUGUUCAAGCCUGUCCCAAUGGGGUCAUCAAUGUCUCCUGUUAAUGAGACUGUUAUUCGUUUUACUCAUAUCACUUUGCCCCAAAAUUCACCGGGCCCAUCCGAAAAUUCUAGUGAAGUUGAUGAAUCUACUUCAGAAUUUGUGACCCCUCAGCACCAGCACAUGAAUGGCUCAACUGGAACUGUUGAAUCCAAUGACUUAAAAAUAGAAAAUAAAACACACAAAAAGAAGCAUCCCACCCAGGUGCAACAGUGGCUCAAGCAACUCUCAGCCGAAACAGAAACGGAACCGUCUAUUGGUGAACCAAAAAACUUUGAUUCACUCUAACCAGUUAUUAGAAGAUAUUAAUAUUAUUAAUAUUUAUCUUACCUUCGUCAUGGGGACCAUGUUCCUGUUUUACAGAACCAUGAGACUAGAUCUGUUCAGUUUUACUCUCAUAUCAGAACUAUGAUUUGCCUUAUUAAGCAAUUGUAGGAGUAAGCAACCAGUUUUAUGUGCUUGCACAUAAUGUACUUUUUUUCCCCCUUACAGUAUUUUUUUAAACUCCACAUAUGAGUGGAUCAGGAUAUUGCUCAAUGCAAAACACCGUGUUAAAGUUUCCUCCUUCCAACAAGUUGCAAUCCUUCGUUUGUCUCUGUCCUUUUUUUCUUCUGGUUUAAUUUUGUUGUGGUUUGAUUUUAUGGCACAAGUUACAAAACAUUCUUCCAACAAACUAUGUUGCUGAAUUUUCAGUUUUUGUUAAGAUGUAUAAAGCUAGUCAGAAACAUGUGAAUUUCCAUUAACAUGUUGUCUAAGGUGCUUUUUAAGUAUGUAAAUGGAAGCAAGAGCAUAACAGUUAAUCCUAAUUUACAUUACCAGUUUUCUAUUAUAACUUACUGAGUACAAUUUUUCAGUCUGAGGAGUGUCAAGAGCAUGCCUCUUUGAGGCACACUCAAUUCUAUACUAUGCUGCUUUUAUUUUUUAAGCAAGACAUAUCUCUUAAUUGACUUGUCAGAAGUUUUUGCUGACCUUUGAGGCUACUGUAAUUCAUAUUACAUUUGCUACUUAGUACUUCCAUAUUAUAGCUUGAGUAGAAUAACGUCCAAUGCUCUAUAAAAUGUGAUCUGUCACAAGUGAUGUCAGUUGCAAUACCUUAAGUUAAUCAAUGCUGUCUGGUAUGUGUCAAUGGAAUGUUAGGGUGUGGAAGUGUUGGAUCAUCUCAUUCUUUUCAUAGUGAGACUCCUUGAGACUUCACAUUGCAUUUUUUUAAAUGAUUGUGUACUUCUAGUGUAAGGUGAUACUCGUUGUCCUUAGUAUCACCAAUGUUUUGCUUCUUUCAUUUUUUAAAAAAAGUUUUAUUAUUUAAAAAAAUGAAUUUGUAUUAAUUUUAGCCUUUGCAUUUGCCUCAGGAAAAGUUCUGUGGCAUAAGGGCUGUGGCUGUGAUGGAUUGACUUUAUUAAUGAUUCACAUUUCUGAAUAUUAUUGCCUUUCCCUUGAGGGUAUGUUAACUUUUAAGUAAGGUAGGUGCAUUACAUGUGGCUUCCUGGUGAACUCAGUUGGUUUUCAGUUCUUUAGAUGUUUGAGGCGCACUGCCAGCACAUGUGAAUGGACUGAAUUUUCCAACUGGAUAUUAUCAAGUGUGUGUGUGUUUUUUUUUUUUUUUUUUUUUUUUUUUGGGGGGGGGGGGUCUGUGUACGUGACAUAAAUUUUUUUUCCUGUGUUCUUACCUUUUUGGGUUAAAAGGUAACUAUGACUGACCUCUGGUUGUGUGUGGAGCACUCCAGAAGCGGAAAUCAACACCAUUUAUAUAAGAUUCUUCUUUGAUAAAUUACUAACUAAGCAAGCUUCAUUGUAGGCACACCAAUUGUAAUAGUCACUUGAAUAAAUAUUUCAAAGAGCAUGAA